AUGACGAACACAAGUGAUAUAUCAUUACAAGGAUGCCAUCCACCAGCGUGGAGUUCUAUAUAUCCAUUCAAAACAAAUAUUGUUACACUUACUUUGAUUUCUGUGAUUACCCAUCUAGAAUGGACUUCAGUUUGCAUUAUUUAUGACAAAAAUACCGAAUACAAAGCAUUAGAACUUCAGCAUAGCUUGUCAGUUACCGGAAAGUAUGCUGUUGUGUAUUCUAUGGAGGAAAUGACAUCAUCAAAGAUAGACGACGUUCUCAGUAAAAAUACACAUGCUUCUUUUCUGCUAAACAUAACGGUUUUGUGUAGUUUAGAAUCAUGUACAUCAUUCUUAAAACAGCCUUUUGAUCAUAAUCGAACAAAUAUCUUGCGAAAUUCACUUCUCCAUUUUUCAAGAUGGCUGGUUGGAAUAUUUGAUGACAAAGAUGUGAUGAUUUUAGAAGACAAUCAUAUUCCAUUCGACAAUAUUGCAGUGAUUCAAUUUUUCUCAUCGCAAUUGAAAACAUUAGAAAACAGCCACAUGUUAAAGGAAAAGAAAAAGCCGUGUUCACGCCAAGCAUAUAACUGCACUUGGUUUCCAAUGUAUACGCUAAUGUGGCACCAGGACCGACGUGGUUUAACGGGUGUAAAAUCAAAUGGAAGUAAACUAACAGAUAAUGAAAUAUUUCCAAAUGCGAAGUUUGGUUUUAAUAAAAGAAAGUUCCUGGUCAGCACAAUACCCUCGUAUCCAUUUGUCGUGUUGAAUAACCGAACCAAAACAUACACAGGUAUAACAAUGGACCUACUGAAGCACCUGUCAGACGGUCUUAAUUUCACAUAUGAUCUAAUUGGACCACCCGACGGUAAUUGGGGUGCAGAAACUGGUAAUGGUACUUGGAAUGGCAUGGUUGGACAACUGCAACGAAAAGAAGUUGACAUGGUAGCCACCGCUUUUACAGUUCUUUCACAACGGGAAAUGGUGAUGGAUUUUACACAGCCUUAUUAUUAUGAAUCCACAUCAAUUCUGAUAAAGAAGCCAGAUCCUGACGAUAAACAAUGGACUAAACUACUUGACCCUUUCAGUUCAACUGUAUUCUUAUGUGUCGGGAUAUCGGUACCUUUAUGCGCACUUUUACUUUUCUUAUUUGAAAAGUACAACCCGUUUUACAGAAAAGUCAAAGAAAAAAAGGAAAUACGGGAACUACACCAAUUCUCUGAGUCAGUUUGGUAUAUGUAUGGUUCACUUUUAACUCAUGGCGGUAUACACAUCGCUGCAUCGACAGCAGGAAGGACAUUCCUUAGCUGCUGGUGGAUAUUUUGCAUAGUAAUAGUAGCGACAUACAGCGGGAAUUUUGUUGCCGUUUUGAGUGUUACCAAAGAGACGCUUCCUUUCGAAGGCAUUGAGGGAUUAGUAGGACAAGACAUGUAUAAAUGGGGAACCAUAGGUGGAUCCGGUUAUGAAACCAUAUUCAAGAAUUCAGCAUUACCAGAGCGGGAAUUAUUUUGGGAUGGAGUCCUUAAAUUUAGCAGUAGUGAUCCUUCUGUUCUAAGAGGUGAUUAUGAUGCACAUAUACAAAAGGUGUUAGACGGAGGGUAUGCUUUUCUGUGGGACGACAUUCCAAAUGAGAUAUCUGUAACAAAUAGCUGUGAUUUAGCAAAGAUAUCAACUGAUAUGUUUUCAACGUAUGCCAUAGGUUUACCUAACAAUUCGCCUUUUGAGAAGAUUUUUACCGAUGGGAUCAUAUUAACACUAGAGAGUGGACUCAUUGAUCUCUGGAUGACAAAGGUUUGGCCACAACACAAAUCCUGUGCUGAAUCUUCGCUGACCUCAACAAAACCAAUCGCAGUUUUUGAUAUACAGAUUGCUUUUUAUAUUAUUGGAGGUGGGAUAUGUUUGGCUGUUUUAUCGCUCCUUGCUGAAUAUUUCAAACUCAAAUGUCAAAAUCGUCCCCAGAAACAGCCAUGAACACAGGAAAAAGAUGAUAUACAGGGAAGGGUCAUCCUUGAGGAAAAUAUAUCAAGAAAAGAAAAUACUAGAUGUAGGAUUUAGUUAGUCUACAUUCAAUAUAAGACAUAAGUACAAUGAAAUACAUAAUUCAAAUUUCGUAUUCCAUAAUGCAUUAUCUUUUUUUGCAAGGAUCAUUAUGAUUUUUCUUGCAUAGUUUUAAUUGGAAAAAAAUAAUACUUUUCAAUCGCAACUAAGCUGUGACUGAUCAGAUAUAUGUGUAUACUGUAAUGAAAAUAAAAAAAGUAUGUGCUAACCUCAUUACUAAUUUAUAUUAUUUGGACAGAUAUAAUUGCUGCUUCGACACAUGUUAUAUAUCC